GAAAGGUUGAUGGCACAGGCAGAGUCUCUUCUAAUUCCUUAUUUAUACCGCCAACAUGCAACGCUCGAUAAACAAGCCCUCCAAUUUAUUCAUUCUUCUCUUCAUCAUCUCUAUCUAAUCUUCUUGCACAAGAAGAGAAGCGCUACUCUCUCUCUCUACACAGAAUCUCCCUUUAAUCUUAGCACAAAACCUUAUCUAAACCGACUUAUAUAUCUUUUUUUAUUUAUCAUGGAUUUUACUUACUCGACAAAAACCAACUCAACACCCUCUCCUUCGAAGACCAAAAGAAAGCAGCAGCAGCAGCAGCACCAGAACCAACAAGAACAACAAGAAGUAAGGUUCUUAGGGGUAAGGAGAAGGCCAUGGGGUAGAUAUGCUGCAGAAAUAAGAGACCCUUCAACAAAAGAGAGGCACUGGCUUGGUACUUUUGACACAGCUGAGGAAGCUGCCUUGGCUUAUGACCGUGCAGCCAGGUCCAUGCGGGGCUCCAAAGCACGCACCAACUUUGUCUACUCAGACAUGCCUCCUGCCUCCUCUGUCACUUCCAUUAUCUCACCAGACGAGUCACAACAUGACAAUUCGGCCCUCUUUUCUCCUCCUCCACAACACAAUUCUCAUCAAAAUGACACCAGCUACCAGCAGCUCUACUUCUCUCAGGAUCAGCAUCCCUUCAAUGCUCAUGCUUAUGGUAAAAGUAAUAGCAACUGGUUAGCAGGUGGAGCAGGCUGGGUUCAAGGAUUUGGAGCUGGAGCUGGAUAUGGGCCUUGUGGGUCCAAUGAGCCCAACAGUGCUGGCAGUCUGGAUGUCGCCAGUGGGCUAAACUAUCUCUCUAACACGGACAACAUUGAGCUCCCGCCUUUGCCUCCUGAUGUCAACUCUAGCUGUAAUGGGUGUGAUAUGGGUCGUGAAUUUUGGAAUGACACAGGGUUUCUCGGGUUUCCAGAGGAACAGAUAGAUGAUGUGAAUGGGCUUGAAGUUAGUGGGUCAAUAUUGGGCUUUGCUUCCAAUGACUUUGGGCUGCAUGGCUCGUUAUUUGGGAUCGUGCCAUCGGUAUCGAAUACGGUCACAGACGGGUUUGAUUUGGGCUCAUCAUCUACCUUUUAUUUUUAACUACUAUAGCAGCGCGCGCGCACAAAUUUAUAAACCUACCUAUCAUAAAAAUAAUCAAUGUUUUGGGGGUUGAUGGUGUUUUUUUUACCUUAAAGUUUCUUGUCUGUUGUUAUCUUGCGUUGAGAAUGUUAACGGUGUUAGAUAGCCUCUUGC